CAGGUUGUCCAAGAGUACGAACGUGCUGUUAUCUUCCGUCUCGGUAGAUUACUGUCCGGAGGAACCAAGGGACCAGGUAUCUUCUUCGUUCUACCUUGCAUUGAUAGCUACACAAAGGUUGACUUGAGGACCGUUUCAUUCGAUGUUCCACCGCAGGAGGUCCUCACAAAAGACAGCGUGACGGUCUCAGUAGACGCCGUGGUCUACUAUCGAGUCAGCAACGCAACCGUCUCCGUCGCCAACGUUGAAAACGCUCAUCACUCGACGAGACUGUUAGCCCAGACAACGCUUCGAAACGUUUUAGGUACUAAAAAUCUGUCUGAGAUUUUGGCCGAAAGGGAAUCUAUUUCUAGUUCUAUGCAGGAAGCGCUAGAUGAUGCGACGGAGCACUGGGGGAUAAUGGUGGAACGAGUAGAAAUCAAGGACGUGAGACUGCCCAUACAACUACAAAGAGCUAUGGCUGCAGAAGCUGAAGCAACGAGAGAAGCAAAAGCUAAGGUAAUAGCAGCAGAGGGAGAGAACCAGGCGGCCUAUGCUUUGAAAGAGGCUUCAGACAUCAUCAACGAAUCAUCAUCGGCCCUUCAACUCCGCUACCUCCAAACUCUGAACACAAUCUCUGCCGAGAAAAACUCCACCAUCAUUUUUCCACUACCGAUCGAACUCUUGUCCUACUUCAUGAACAAGAAUAACUAG